CAUAGUGGGGUGAAUAUUUUUAACUCAAUACCUCAAAAACAUAUAGUUUGUUAUUCACUACAUCAAACAUAUUGACCAAAUGAGAAAAAGUUGUGUCAGAUCAAACAAUCAGUUCGAUCUGAGAUCUUGCGGGAAACGCACGCGACUUAUUACACAAAGUAGAAGAAACGUAAAAGUGUUUUCAGAGCGGUGAUUGAGUGUAUUUUUAUUUUGUUUUGUUGAGUGUGACGAUUGUAUAUGUAAAACGUCUCGAAUUAAUUAUUUUUGAAGGAAAAAAAAGAAAAGCAAAGACGAAACAGUUCAUUUGACUUUUAUUUCGGAUUGUUUUGAAUUAAUUUUACCAAAAGAAUUCGUGACAAAGAAUUCUAUUUUUGAUUGAAGACAGAAUUUUUAGUGGGAAAUAAAUAAACCGAAAAAAAUAAAUAAACGAAGAAAGUGGUGUGUAGAAAACUGUGCAUGCAGACAUUACUGGAUUCAGUCAUACGGAUAAAUGACAUUGUGAAUAUACCAUUCGGAAACAGACAUUCGACAAACGUAUCCCAACCAAAUGCAUCUGCCAAACAACCAAAAUACUGCAACAAUGCCACCAUCAAUGACAGACAUGCUUUCUAAUUUACGCGAAGUGCUCCAAGAAUAUCACGGUGACCUGAUGCAAACCGGAUCACCAACCAUUAUGUGUUCCAUGCUACCGGGGCACUGGAGGAGCAACAAAAGUCUCCCAUGUGCUUUUAAAGUUAUAGCACUGGACGAUGUGCAAGACGGCACUGAGGUUAUGAUACACGCAGGAAAUGAUGAAAAUUUCAGCGCAGAGCUUCGUAACUGCAAAGCUAUUAUGAAGAACGGAGUAGCAAAAUUUAACGAUCUAAGAUUUGUGGGAAGGAGUGGACGCGGCAAAUUCUUCUCCGUUACGAUCACAAUCAAGACUUAUCCCUGCCAAAUCGCAACGUACACAAAGGCGAUAAAAGUAACAGUCGACGGACCUAGAGAACCAAGAAGUAAGCAAAGCUUUGCUUACGGUCACAGUAAUGAUUUCGGACAUUUCAUUAUUGGACAUCCUUGGUUAGAAGCAGCAUACAUGAAAUACGCGUGGCCAAAUUAUCUGUCUCAUCAAACACACAAUGCAGGCUUCCCAACAGGCUCACCACCAUUGAUGACACUGCCGAAUGGAAUUACACCCGGCUCCGGCACCGACAUAAAUCAAAUGCCCCAAGCGUCACCGCCCCAGCCAGCCAUGAACGGAAAUCUCGUACCACCGCGUUACCUUCCACAAUUCCCAUUCGGUCAUCCGGAAUUGAUCCAUCAACAUCCAUUCCUGCCAUACAAUCUCGCCAAUCUGCGAACGAUGCCCAAUGGUUUACCGCACAGUACUGUUCCGUCAUCGGAAAAUCUAAACUUAACGCGACUAUCGCCGUCAUCGUCACGUCCAUCAUCGUCCAGUCCACCAUCCACGCAAAACACAUCGAUCCGAGUGCAUUCGAAUUCCGAAGAGGAAUCAGACGACGAACAAAUCGAUGUGGUGCGAUCAGCAUUUGUGCCAAUUUUACGACCCAAUUCGGUGCAAUCGAAUCUGCCGGACUCAACGACCGUACCUGAUCGAUCGCCAUCGGACUCACGGGUACCGAUUAAAAGUGAACUGAAGGCGCCAUCGUCAAGGAAGCCCGUCUGGCGGCCGUAUUAGCGAAUAAGGUAUUGAAAUGUGUGUGAGUGAAAAGUUGUAAGAAAAGACUUGAUAACAACCGAAGAAACAUUGACCAUUUUGAGUGUUCAAAUGUGAUGUCAGCGUAAUGUGUUCGGAUUGGUUUUAGUGAUGGAAAAUGAACGA